AAAAGGAUUUACAGAGUGUUAAGACAGAGAGAGAAGAGAGAAACAGAGAUUUCUUCGUCUACGGGUUUUUCAAUCCGGUGUUAGGGUUUCAUCUCGGGUAGAAUUUUUUUUUUUUUUUUUUGAAUUAGGGUUUGAAACAAGAAGAAAAGGUUUGAGUUUGGGAAAUUAGGGUUACAGUUCUUGAUUUUUCUUUCAUAUGAAGGCAAAAUCUGAACAAAGUAGAGUAAUAUUUCUGCAAAGUUCGUCGUGAUGUUUACACCGCAGAGGAAAGUGAAUAAUUGGUCACUAACACCACACAAGAAUGGUGGUUCAUCAACUGUUCAAAACCCUAGAAAAUCUGAUUCAAAGGGGAAAAGUUCCAAUUUUUCUGAAGGUAUUACACCACCGCCUGUGAAUUUCUUAGGAGAGAAUGGUGGUGGUGGUGUUGAUGGCGAUGGGGAUAUGGAGGUAUGGAGGAGGUUUAAAGAAGCGGGGUUGUUAGAUGAAGCUUCUUUGGAGAAAAAGGAUCGAGCAGCACUAAUCGAAAGGGUUUCUAAACUCGAAAAAGAGCUAUUUGAAUAUCAAUACAAUAUGGGGCUUCUUUUGAUUGAAAAGAAAGAAUGGACUUCACAGUAUGAUGAAGUCAGGGAAGUUUUGGCAGAAGCGCAGGAGUGCUUGAAAAGAGAGCAAUCUAGUCAUCUCAUCUCAAUUUCUGAAGUGGAAAGACGUGAAGAGAAUUUGAGAAAUGCGUUGGGGGUUCAGAAACAAUGUGUAGAUGAUCUUGAAAAGGCUCUACAUGAGAUGCGUGCGGAGAGUGCAGAAACCAAGUAUAAUGCUGACUUAAAGAUGACUGAAGCACAUGCUUUAGUUGCUUGCCUUGAGGAAAAAUCUAUGGAAGUGGAAGCAAAAUUGCAUGCUGCUGAUGCCAAACUGGCUGAAGCUACUCGAAAGAGUUCUGAAAUUGAAAGAAAACUGAAAGAAGUGGAGGCUCGUGAAAGUACACUUCGAAGUGAACGGCAGUCGUCAAAUGCAGAGCGAGAAAUGAAUGAAGCAGCUAUUGCUAAACAAAGAGAAGAGCUGCGUGAGUGGGAAAGAACCCUACAAGAGCGUGAGGAUAGACUGAUAGAUGGCCGAAGAAUCCUCAAUCAGAGGGAGGAGAGGGCAAAUGAGAUGGACAGAAGCUUGAAGCAGAAACAGAAGGAUGUCGAUGACAUACAAAAAAUGAUUGAGAAAGAAUCCUCAAGAUUGAAACAGAAAGAAGAGGAUUUAGACGUUAGGCUGGCAGAAUUAGUUUGUAAAGAAAAAGAAGCUGACACUAGCAAAGAACAACUAGAGAUUAAAGAGAAGGAACUGCUUGCUCUGGAGGACAAGCUAAAUGCUCGAGAAAGAGUGGAGAUUCAGAAGCUUGUUGAUGAGCAGAACGUCCAUCUAGAUACUAGAAAACGUGAAUUUGAGCUAGAAUUGGAGCAACAAAGGAAGUCUCUGGCUGAGGAAAUGAAAAGCAAGGCUGUCGCAGUGGAGCAAAGAGAAGCUGAAAUCCACCACAUGGAAGAAAAGAUAGGGAAAAGGGAGCAGGCAGUAGAAAAGAAAAUGGAGAAAUUAAAGGAAAAGGAGAAAGACCUUGAUUUGAAGUGGAAAGAGAUGAAAGAGAAAGAGAAGUCUUUCAAAUCUCAGGAAAAGGACUUGGAGAAGGAAAAGAAACAACUGGCUGUUGAUAAAGAAAAUAUGCAGAAUCUAAUAGCUGAUCUUGAGAAGAACAUGGCUGAGAUUAAGGUGGAAAAAUUGAGGCUGUGUGAAGAGGAAGAAAAACUCAAAGUAACUGAAGAAGAGAGGACAGAGCAUCUGCGCCUGAAGUCUGAACUGAAACAUGAGAUUGCUAAGUGCAAGCAUGAAGAAGAAUUGCUUCUGAAGGAGCACGAGGGUCUGAAACAGGAUAAGGAGAACUUUGAACGGGAAUGGGAAGUACUGGAUGAAAAGAAAGCUGAGAUUACUAAAGAGCUGAAACAGGUCAGAGAGGAGAGGGAACGAUUGGAGAAACUGAAGCAGUCUGAAGAAGAACGACUGAAAACAGAGAAGCUGGAAACACGUGAAUAUGUUCAGAGGGAAUUGGAAUUGCUUCGACUGCAAAAAGAAUCCUUCGAAGUUGACAUGGAGCAUGAACGAUCAGUUGUAUCUGAAAAAGCUCGUGCUGAGAGUGAAGAUAUGCUACGUGAUUUUGAGCUGAGGAAAAGGGAGUUGGAGGUUAAUAUGCAAAACCAGCGAGAAGAAAUGGAAAAAGAAUUAAGAAACAGAGAAAGGGUUUUUGAGGAGCAGAGUGGGAGUGAACUUAACAAUAUCAAUCGCUUGAGGGAAGUAGCUCAAAGGGAAAUGGAAGACAUGAAGCUGGAAAGGAAUCGGAUGGAAAAAGAGAGAGAGAAAAUUGCUGCAAACAAGCAGCAUCUUGAGGAACAGCGGCGAGACAUGCAGAGAGACAUUGAAAAGCUUGAUAACCUUAUAAAGGGGCUCAAGGAUCAACGUGAACAAUUUAAGGAAAUUGUUAAGAAGAACAAGAGCUGUAAGAACUGUGGAGAGCUGAUCAGUGAGUCUGAGAUCCUAGCUUUACAGGAAGAUGUGGAAACUGUUCCUCUGCCCAGGUUAGGUGGAGAUCAUUUGGAAGAUGGUACAGUUCAUGGUUCUGGUUUCAACACAUCGGGAGGAGGGCGCAUGUCUUGGCUUCGAAAAUGCACCGAAAAGAUAAUGAACUUGUCCCCUCUGAAGGGAACUACAAAAGAGGAGGAUUCUCAAGCAAUAGCAGGAGAAUCUCCUUUGCCCACUCUGCAAGAUGGCAUUGACGCAGUUGAAGGAUUAGACAACAGAUCCAGUCUUCCAGAGCCAUCCACAAGCAUCAGAGAGCUUCAGUAUCAACCUACCGUGUCUGAUGAUGAACACCGCAACAUUGAGAACAAAGGACAAGAUGUUCCAGAAGAUUCUGAGCAGUCAGAGCUGACUAUUGGUAGGGGGAAAGGUCGGAAGAAGCCUGGAGUCAGGAGAACGCACUCUGUAAAGGAGGUCGUCAAAGAUGCCAGAGUUUUCCUUGGGGAACCCCUAGAGCCGAAGGAAAAUUCUUCUCAGUAUGGGGAAAAUCAAAGAGAUAAUGCAUCAGUUGGGCAAAAGCGGAGUCAUGCGCAGACCACAACCAGUGAGCAAGAGGCAGGCGACGAUGAUUCUCGCUCUGAAAGUGUCACAACAGGUGGCCGUGGGAAGAGGCGGCAAACAGUCGCUCCAGAGUUGCAAACUCCUGGUGGAAGACGAUACAAUCUCAGGCCACCUAAAAAAACUAGUAAAGCAGCGGCAGCACAAUCUUCACUAGACCAGACUAAAGGCAAGAAGACAGAAGCUGAUGGUAUCAAGAUUGCUGAGGUGGAAGCAUCUGAACCUGAAACUGCAGUUUCACCCUCUGUGCAGGAGGUUGCUGGUGAAAAUGACCAGAGCACACAUCUGGUGCAGGUGGCCACAUUGAGGAGUGUAACAGAAGUUCAGGAGUUCGUUGUUAGCAGGGCGGAGGGGAACAAUGAUGAUGCCAGGAGGUUGGUCGAGAAUAUGGAGACAAGCAUAACAGAAGGGACUCAGAUUUAUGGCGAGCUUGAGGAAGGAGACGAGUAUGGAAGUGAAGUUAGGGGGGAUGAUGAGGAUGAGGGGGAUGACGGUGAGACUGACGAUGAUGAUAACGAGUCUGACCUGCAACCUGGUGAGGUUUCGGUUGGGAAGAAGAUUUGGACUUUCUUCACAACGUGAUUGAUAAUGUCCAGCAGCACUUGAUGGACAAUGUCUUGACUGCAUUCAAUUUUUGAGACUGCUGGUUAAGAGUCCCUUGGUGUCGUAAGCUUGGUCGAGAAUAUGGAGACGAGCAUAACAGAAGGGACUCAGAUUUAUGGCGAGCUUGAGGAAGGAGACGAGUAUGGAAGUGAAGUUAGGGGGGAUGAUGAGGAUGAGGGGGAUGACGGUGAGACUGACGAUGAUGAUAACGAGUCUGACCUGCAACCUGGUGAGGUUUCGGUUGGGAAGAAGAUUUGGACUUUCUUCACAACGUGAUUGAUAAUGUCCAGCAGCACUUGAUGAACAAUGUCUUGACUGCAUUCAAUUUUUGAGACUGCUGGUUAAGAGUCCCUUGGUGUCGUAAGCUUGUAGGUAUUAAAGUUAGAAGCUCUCUUCUUUGUUUCAGGUCUUAGGGCUGUGUUUGUUAUUAUUUGGUAGUGCAGCACUGCUACUAGUAACUACUCCCAUUGAUGUUGAUAAAUAUAACUGGUUGGGUUACCAAUUUAACAGUCACGUUUUUGUGUUUCCUGCACACUAAUUGGUUUUGUCUGGAGUGGUUUGUAAUCAAGCUCUGUUGUAACUCUAUUGUUUUUAGCUUAUGAAAUAGGAUGCCAGCUGCUUGAACACGUAAGCUGUUUCUUUCUUCUUUUUUAA